GUCCAUGGAUCUCAUUCCUCCGAUUACCUCGAGUUGCCCUCUUAUAAUCCUCCUACAAGUCCAGCACGACUCCAAUUCCAGUGCGACAAAUGCACAUACGCUAUGACCUUAUGCUCCGAUGCUCCCCCCGUAUCCACCGCGAUGCGACACUCCACCUUGGAUUCUAUCCCUCCUAGUUCAGGACAAGAUAUUUUUCAAUUUCCUCAAGUGGAAAAUUUCUUUCGAUCCAUGUCAAUGCCAUCUACUCCUUUACGCCGGUAUGGCAUGUCAGCUUCUUCGCCAGCCUUUCAGCAACUGUCUCGUGUGUAUUCUGCACCUUACACUGAAUCCUGGAUAGAACAACAGUUGUCCUCUUCGCCGAGUCCCCUUCCGAAUGUUCCUUCUCUAGCUGGCUGCGGCCUGUCGCCGUCAACUCUUAAUGCUGAAGGAACGCCAUUUGAUCGACAUUUUAACUUAUCGCAAUCGUGGCACAGCUCCGAUCCAGAUAUGUCUCCCAUAGCUAGAAGGAUGUCCGAGGACAAUACCACUGCGUCUUCACAUGAAAGCGGACAGCCAUCUAAUCAGUCUUCUGGAGGAUCUGGUGUUCCAACUCCGUGGUCGCUGAUGGAGAAACUUCCUUCGUUACAUUCCUUCGGCCAUCCUACCUUUUCUCUAGGUUUCACUUCGAGUCCAGUCAUGCAUGUUAGCGAACGGUCUUGGUCUCCAGUGUCUUCUCUCUCUGCGCUCACCCCCCUCUCGUCUCCCGAGCGCCCCCUUAGCAAUAAUGUUUCUGGUGGUUUGUCUUACGCUUCUUCACUGUGCUUGCCCAUUUUUGGACAGGACUCGACUGCUGUGCCACAUUCAAAAGGAAACCACGGGCUAUAUUCUACUUCUCGACGCUCGCUUCGUACUACUAGUCGUGCGGUUCUCAUGCGGAGUCCCAAGCACCCUCGUCCGGACGAUCAUGAUGAGAAACAGCCUUCAUACCAGACAAAACGCGCACGUACCUCUGGCAGCCCCGCUGCUGUAGACCUUACCUCUCAGACUCGGGAGCUCGAUCAUCUCGGCAUACCGUCACAGCGUCGCCUUCCCUCGGAGGUUUCUCGUCACCCCGAUUUUCCUUUAUUCUAUCGGCGUUAUCCUAUAAGCUCGUUUCUGCAACUUGAUGCCGAAGAAGCUUCGCUUUUCAAUCGUUUGAAACACCCUGGCGGUAUCUGUAACCCUCCACGAGAUCCACGAGAUCUGUAUACUCCCCGCUUUGUCAAAGGUAAAGGUAGGUCCAAGAUAGGACUGUGUCCGAUCUGUAUCGAAAGCCCUUUGCGCGGUGGACGGGGACAAAAAUUAUGGUUAUCAACAAAAUUCUCUGCGUUUAACUAUCAUAUGCAGUUUGCGCACGGAGUGUCAGCGACAACCGGACGUCCGUUCUCACCUCCACUAUCGUACAGGACACGUAAUCGCCGCCACGCGCUCAAACUGGAGCGAUCGGAGAUUCUUGAAGGAAGGUGUCAUAAAUGCAAGAAGUGGGUCCCAGUCGAAAGUAUCAAAGAUUGCGAGGUGAAGGUUAAGGAACUGUUUUGGUGGAAACAUGCUGCGACCUGCCACCAAGGAUCCCAGGUUCCAGGGGACGACGACUUCUAUGAACAAGACGAUGUGUUCCGCUGCUUGGAAGAACUC